UUGACAUCACCUUGCCUUGCCCUUGUCCUCCUAGAACGACUGGAGUUGCCCUUAUUAUAUGGGCAUUUUCAGUGAAUGUUGAAAACUUGAAGCCAGAGAAUUUGACGGUUAAUUUGAGAUGUAGAAGCAAAAUAUGCUCUCGCAAAAACGAUGCAGCAUAUAAGUAUGAGAAAUGCUAGGAUCUUUUUUACUGGAUGUCCCCGAAGGGACAAGAGAUGCUAGGAUCAAUCGCACACGAACAUAUGCCCAAACACCUAGCGUUCAAGCUUGCGGUACUCACAAAGCAGGAACAGAUGAGUGAACAGACUACUCUGCUAAACCUGCAACCGUCAAAACGGUGUCACAUCUCUGCAUCCACUUUCACUAUAAAUAUAUUCCGUCGUAUUCAGUCUUUGUUGGCUCACUGAGUUCAUACUAUUUGAUUCCUUUUUUCUACUACAUUUUCUGCACCUUUCUUGCCAAGAAAGAAACAACGGAGGUCGACGGUGGUGAUAACUACGAUCCCUUCUCGCCGGACGCUUGUUGCCACGAAAGUCUAACAUUUUUGGACGGAGAGAUGGCAGAUGAAAACGCAUUGAUCAGCACGAACUACUGCUCCGAUAGUGCACUGGAACAAGAGCAACUGAUGAACUUAAUCAACAGAGAGAUGGAAUUCGGGUUCAAGAAAGACGAAAAUGUGAUCAUUCCCAGCUGGGUUUUGGAAGCUCGAUCUGAAUCCAUCAAAUGGGUUCUCAAGAGAAGUGCAGAACUUGGGUUUCAGCCCUUGACAGCAUAUCUGGCUAUUGCAUAUUUCGAUCGAUUCUAUUCGCUGAGUUCCGACCCUAAAGAAGAGCCAAAAUCUGCAAAGAGGUUGCUUUCGGUGGUGUGCCUGUCGUUGGCGGCAAAGAUGGAGGAGUUGGACGUGAAACUUCCACCACUGUCACAAUACGCCGUCGGAGACUACACCUUUCCAUGUCAUUUCGUUGGGACGACGGAGUUGGCGUUUCUCGAUCACUUAGAUUGGAGGCUGAGUUUGAUCACACCCUUUGCGUUUCUCGGUUACUUGAUCUCCAAGUUAUGCCAGGGACCUGCAUCAGAUGUGAAAUCUCGAAUUGAGAAACACCUCCUUUCUGGAAUAGCAGGUAUUUCUGUUAAUUUUCAAGAACAAUCAGCCGCCGCCACCUUAAUGGCAGUGGAUCAGAAGUUAACAAGGGAAGCAGUGGAAGUCAUGAUAAAAUCGGUUCCUGACUUGAAUUUUCUGGACAUUGAAGCUGUGUUUUUAUGCUACAAUCGGAUGCAGGAGAAGGAGCUAAAGAGUCUGAAGGACCGAUCGAUCCCGGUAAAUGUUGCAGUUAGUUCUUCAGUUCAGCAGAGAAGUCUGUAA